AUGCCAGCUACUUCCUGGAAUGCAGUUGGUACAUUUCAAUCUGGACCAGUACUUGGUGGCAGUCUUUGUACACAAGCACAACAACAUUUUCCAUCACAACUGACGUUACUCAAGUCGAACAAUCAAACGACUUUGUACCAAUCACUUGUUCUAUGGGCUAUUCUCUUCGGUUGUCUCUUUCUUGUUGCCGGUCCAUUGGCACUCAAAUUGUCCUAUGCAUUGCCAUCGGUCGAACCGCGAACAAUUCCUUCACAUUUUUUCAGUGAACAACGCGCUCGUGAUUACUAUUCCAAUCUGACUCAAUAUGGACCACGAGUGAUCAAUACUCGCGUUGAUUAUCUUACGCGUGAUUUUCUCAUUUCACAAAUUCAUCGAAUCCAUUCUACAGCAACAUCAGCUGUUCAAUUCGAUCUCAGUUUGCAAAAUUUCACGACCCAUGAUAUUGAUCAGUUGCAAAAUAUUGCUGUUCGUAUUUCGAAUCCAUCAUCACAACCAGAUACACCGUGCCUUAUGCUAGCUGCUCAUUAUGACUCUGGUACUUUUAAAUAG